GAAAUGGCAGCCAAGAAGUCUGAUGUUAUGAGAAAGAUUAAGAUCGAUAAACUUGUCCUUAAUAUUUCAGUUGGUGAGUCUGGAGAUAGAUUAACUCGUGCUGCUAAAGUCCUUGAAACUUUAACUGGACAAACCCCAGUUCUUUCUGAAGCCAGAUACACUGUCCGUGCUUUCUCUAUUAGAAGAAAUGAUCAAAUUGCAUGCCACGUUACAGUUAGAGGAGCUAAGGCUGCAGAAAUCCUUGAAAAAGGAUUGAAAGUCAAGGAAUUUGAACUUAAAGCCAACAAUUUCUCAGCUACUGGUAAUUUUGGAUUUGGUAUUGAAGAACAUAUUGAUCUUGGAUUAAAAUAUGAUCCACAAGUUGGAAUUUAUGGUAUGGAUUUCUUUGUUGUUCUUGCUAGACCAGGAUUUAGAGUUUCUAGAAGAAAGAGAAUGCAAGACAAAAUUGGUAGAGACCAUCUCUUGACUAAAGAAGAUGCUAUUAACUGGUUCAAAGAAACUUAUGAAGGAAUCGUUCUUAACAAAUAAUUGAUUUGCACGGUACUUCGUUAGAAUAAAU